AUGGCUCAUAAUAACCCACAGCUGGUACAGGAACAACCUUUCUCUCCCGUUUCACAGAUUGACGUGAAUCCUCGUCAAUCACAGGGACAGAUACAACAGCAAUCAAACACUCUGAGUUCCCCAAUAAAUCAGGGUGCAGAGAAGUCCAAAAAAUCCUCUGGAGGCACUUUUCCCCAUCUAUUCAACCAGCCCACAUUUGAUGUUCAUACCAUGCCUCCAACAAAUCCCCCAAUCUUUGAGCAAUAUUAUCAACAGCCGUCCCCCUUUUCCCAUCCAAUCAAAACGCCAAAUGUCAUAGGUGUACAUAACUCCCAUCAAUAUCCAUCGGCCGUUUCCCACGCAGGCCUUGGAUUUCUGGAUGACCAGCAGUUUUUAUCCAUGAAUCCUUCCUACUACAAUACGGUCAACGAUGACUCAAGUUUAUAUGCGAACGUAGUUCCUGAUGUUCUAAAUUUCAACUCAACUUUUGACAACGAUGGUAUCGUACCUUCAAACCCUCAGUUUCCUACUCUGAAAAGAAGGAUAUCAAUAUCCAAUGGUCAAAUAGGUCAGCUUAUACAAGCCACCCAUAUGUAUCAACAGCAACAGCAAAAAGGGGCAAACUUCGAUCAGCAGGAGCUUGUGAAGACGUCUGAACACCAGGCCAGGAAAACACCCACUCACAAUAUUAAACUGGAAGAUAAUUCAGAGUUCGUUUCUAGUCUGGACUCUGAAGGUUCUGACACCAAGUCAUCCACUAUAGUUCUGGAUGACGAUGGGCUUCCCAAGCACCAGCUGUUGUAUAACAACGAAGUCAUUUUUAACCCAAAUGAUACCCUGAUUCCUGGGACGAGUGCUUGGAAAAGACAGAAGUUGCUGGAAAGAAACAGGAUAGCUGCCUCUAAAUGUAGACAUAAGAAAAAAGUUAUUCAAGAAAAGCUGCAGAAGGACGUUGAUCUAUUUUCUCAGGAGAAUAGGUUCCUUUCCAAAAGAAUUCAGCUUUUAGAGAAAUCUUUGGAACAAAUCCAAGCUUUGGUGGAUGGUCACAUCUCCAAUUGCUCCAAUGAAGAUGAUCUGAGCCAAAUACGAGAAGCAAUAAGGAACCUUCGUGUUGACGAGGGUGCUCUGAAGAAAAACUUCAGGGAUUCUAUUAAACUAACUCAAGAUGAAGAUUCAGAAUAA